AUGCCAACCCAGGCUCUGCUGCCCAUCCUGCUUCUCUGUGUCCUGCUGCUGCAGGCCCAGGGAGGGCUUUUUAAUCGGAACAAGAAGCCAAGUUUUACAGCUUGUGACAAGCAACCCAGCAUAAAUAUUUGCAUCAACCACUGCUCAUAUUUCCAAAAGUGUCCAAAAUCAGAUACUGUGUGCUGCUCAACCUUCUGUGGGAACGUUUGCAUGAGCCUCCUGUGA